AUGGCCGUAAUUACUUCAGACACCAUUGUGCAUCUGCGCACAGACCGAUCGAUCACGCAGUUGAUGAUGGAAAAUGCAUCAAACACUGAUCCGACAAAAGUAAUUUGCGAAGAUACCUUGACCGGAAAAACCUUCACCUACGGCGGACUGCGGAGCGACGCGUUCAAGGCAGCCCAUUCUUUGCGACAUGGAUACGGCAUCACCCCUGGAGACGUCAUUACGAUUAUAUCCAGAAGCACCGUUGACUAUAUUCUGGCGGCUCAUGCCAUUUGGGCGGCGGGGGCAGUUGUGAGCACGAUCAACCAUUCGUCUACGCCCAAAGAGCUAGUACAUGCGUUGAAAAUAUUGAAGCCCAAAGUCAUCAUCGCAGAUGUUGUGGUACUCGAAAAACUACAUGGGGCUCUCACUACCCUAGACCUGAACACUUCGGUCACCAUCCUCACAUUGAUACAGCGAGAAGGCAGAUAUCCAUUGUUUCCGGAGGAUCUCGUCAAAUCUAGUCGUAUCGAGUCGGAGGCAUAUGUGCUUGACGGUAAGGAUGCGCGCAAUUCCUGCGCUGCCAUUGUUCUUUCCAGUGGGACAACCGGUCUACAAAAAGCUGUGAUGCUUUCCCAUCACAAUCUGGUGGCUAUUUGCGAACAACUACGAGCCCAUAAUCCAGAUAACUGGCGAGGUAGCAUGCGAGAGGUGUUCUUUCCGCCUCUAUCGCAUAUAUACGGGCUUUAUGUCUGCGCACUCCUUGGUCCAUGGCUAGGAUACUACGUGUGUUUGUUACCGGCUUUUGACCUUGAGACAUUUUGUCAGCUUUUGCAAGAGAAGCGAGCUACAUUGGCUAGAUUGGUGCCUCCCGUGGCACUAGCACUUGCUGAAUCUCCAAUUACUGAGAUAUAUAGAUACGACGACCUAGAGUAUUUCUCAUGUUCUGCAGCACCCCUCAAGCCGUUGGUUGCGACAAAACUUCGAACCAAGUUUCCCGGGGUCAGUCUAUGCCAAACCUAUGGCUGCACCGAGCUCUCGUCUUGUGUGUCUCAGAGUGGCGUGAGAGACAAAAAGGCUCCACUUGUGGCUACCGGAACUCUUCUUGCAAAUAUGCAAGUUCGAUUUAUUGACGAAAAUGGCAAAGACGUCUCUCCUCCGAAUGCAGGAGAGAUUUGCGUCUCAUCUCCCACAAUUAUGAUGGGGUACAAAGACGACCCAAAAGCGACCGAAGACGCCAUGCUAGAACCCGGGUGGUAUCGAACAGGCGAUAUAGGUUAUUUGGACUCAGAAGGAUUUCUGAUCAUUGUUGACCGAAUCAAGGACGUGAUCAAGUACAAAGGAUUCCAAGUGAGCCCAACCGAGUUGGAGGAAAUCAUUGGACAGCAUCCAAAUGUCGCCGAUGCUGCUGUAACUUCUAUUUGGGAUGACACAGAAGCAACAGAGAUUCCUCGGGCGUUUGUGGUUCCAAAGGUGAAAGUAUUUUCCUCGGAUCGUGAAAAGGUAUCGCAGGAAAUUCAGAAACUGGUGGCGUCCAAGGUUUCUGGUUACAAAAAGCUCCGCGGUGGUGUUAUAUUUGUUGACCAGUUGCCACGAAACCCGACGGGCAAGUUGCUACGGAGAGAGUUGCGCAGUCUGGCAAGGCUCAAGGCGCAUAUUUAG